CGGCGAAAGAUGAUUGAACGUCGAUGGCCACAGAUUUUUUCACGCCUGAGAAGAAGAAGUGAUUUCACGCAGCGCAGACGUGAAGGAAGUUUCUCGUGAUAAGCUAGAAAACCCAGCGAGGAGCCGUGUGUGUGAUGGCGGCCGACGAGGCGCUCGGACUGUGAGAUGUGUCCUUCCCGGUCCCAGCUGAGCCUCUGUGGUGGCGACCUGCACAGCCGUGAUCUGCAUGGACGAUGAGCCCCAGCGACCCGGACGCCUGAGAUCCAGUUUCUCCUGAGACCUUCCUACCGAUCUGACCACAAUGUCUGUCUCCACGGUUUUAGCUAAGGCUCUGUUUGACAACGCGGCCGAGAGCCCAGAGGAGCUGGCUUUCCGGAAAGGUGACAUCCUGAUGGUUCUUGAGCAGGUGCAGAGCGGUGGGCCGGGUUGGUGGCUCUGCUCCCUGCAUGGGAGACAGGGCAUCGCCCCGGCUAACCGCCUUCGACUCCUCCAGACCGCCCCGCCCCCAGGCUCAGACCCUCGUCGCGGCCCCGGCGAGGAUUCUGUUUACUUGUCACCUGGUCCGACAUUGGUUCGGUCUGCAGUCAGCAGCAGCGCAGAGGAUGUAGAUGGAGUGUAUCGUUCCCCACCGUGCGUGGGUGAGGGCCGAGGAGCGGGUGUCGCCUCGAGGCCCGGGGAGCUACGCAGGGUCGAGGGAGGGCGCCCGCGCUCCCACUCCAGCUCUGGCACUCGGCCCAGACCUGACUGGGAUGUUGGAGUGGGGGGGCGUCCGCGCUCACCCUCUUUGAGGGGUCGAGGCACAGAACUGACAGGAACACUUUAUCAGACUCCAGUAAGUCCCAUACCUCAGCACGCCAGGCAGCCUGGAGCUCUCAUGGCUGCAGAGUCGGUGUACCUCUCCCCCAGCGGAGCACCGAGGCCAGCUGAUGAUCCAGAGGACACCACAUAUUUAGUCCCUAGAGAAACACUAACAGAUUCAGAGGACUGUUAUCUGGUACCCAAAGGUACACCACUUGCAGGUGAAGAUGUUUACCAGUCCCCAACUGGUGGUGUUGUAGCUGCAGCUGUCUGCUCUAAUGGCCACUCUAUGGUCAGUGGACCAAACGGUACCCCCCAGGCCAAACUAGGCCAGGACUCACCUGGGAUGUAUCAAACGCCCACCCCUGUGGGAGCAAACCUUCACAGGACUCCAUCUUCACCUUUGGCCCACCAGCACCCAUCUCAGUUAUCUUCUUCUCAAGUAUCUCCCAACCCUGCUAUCGCCAGAGUCAAACCUGGCCUCGCCUGUAACCGGGGAUCCCCAUUGCUGGUCAGAGCAGGGCAGGUCAGGGGGCCUGGGUCACCAAGCUUUGCCCGCAAACCUCCUCCACCAGCACCUCCAGUGAGGGGAGUCACCAGGAAAGAUGCACAGCAAGCAGCACCGACAUCGGUCAAUUCGAACUCUGUCCCCAAACCCACGGCAGCAGGUUUGCAGCAAGAAGAAGACAAACAGAAGGAGACUCCUCAGAGUAAAGAAGAGAGGAUGAAUAAUGGGCUGGAGAAAAGCAGCAGUGGGAUAAACAAAAAUGGAGACAACCAGGAUUACUCAGAUUCUUUGGACGAACAGGUGUAUGACACUCCUCCCAGUGGCAGGUGGCAGCGUUCAGUUCCCUCUUCCCUCGGUGAUGAGGACGGCAUCUAUGACACCCCUCGCUAUGUUCCAUCUCAAGCCGACUCUGAGUCAGAGGUCUAUGAUGUCCCCACCAUCACGCUGAACGUGUCCACAUCAGAUCUUCAGCCGGACGAGGGCGACGAUGAAGUUUACAGUGUCCCGACGCUCCCGGGUUUGCCCCUGGGACCGGGAGAGUCCACCAUCAGUCUCUGUGGUGAGGACGUCGUGAAGGUCGGACAGGUCUACCGUGUCCCGGUCUCUGAGAAACGAGCCAGCAGCGGGGAUCACAAACGAGACUCCACCGAGCCCGACUGCGGCAUCUAUGACAUGCCAGCCCUGACCAUCGAAGUCCUCCCUCACUCCUCCUCGUCCUCCUCCACCUCUACCCGCCGCCUCUCUUGUUCUAGUAACGGCUCAGGUGACGUGCAGUGGCGGGCUUCGCUUUCCAGCCUUGUCCACUCUGUGCUGAGCGCCGCCUCUGGCCCGGCCUCUGCUCUUUCUUCACGAGACCUGGCCACCUCAUUGGCCGAAAUCCUGUCCACCUGGAAGGCCAGCCAUUCAGGCGACCCGCCGCCGCCUCUUCAGCAGACCUGGGCUCGUCUGUCCGACCUGCUGCCGGCGUUAUCCGCCAUCGGCAACGCUCCUCCAUCUGAGGGGCUCUUAACACUAAUCCAGCGGUCCCUCGAGGAAAGCGCCCUCCUUCUGCAGGCUCAGGGCCGACCCCGUCUACCAUCCCAAGAAUCCCUGUCCCGCCGGCCGUUGCCCGCGCUCCCAGUGCCUGAUGGGAAGUCAUCUGGAGGCGGGAUGGGCUCUCGUAAAGGGAGCUGGAUCCAGGAGCGACCGCUGCCCCCGACCCCUCAUCCUGCCUUCCCGUUGGCUCCUGCUCAAUCAACUGUUACUCUCACAGUGGGCCCCAGUGAUGGAGAAGAUGAUCCCAGCAACGAGUACGCUGGUAUCGGCUUGACCCCGAUCCCUGCCCCAGUUCCGACGGGAGACAGUGUUGGAUACGUCAAACUGCAGGGAAAGCCUGAUCCACAUUCUAAUGUUCUGGCGGAGAACGGACUAACACACAUGAUCAGUGCAGAGACGCGGCUGACCCCAUCCCCACCUCUGCCCAUGUCCCUCUCGCUGGAGGACUCGGAGCUGCUGUCCUUCUACUCGUCCCAGAGCCUCGCCCACCUCUCCUGCCUGGCAGACGCCAUCGACGUGCUCUUCAGCAGCGUGCAGGGGAACCAGCCUCCCCGCAUCUUCGUCGCCAGAGGAAAGAGCCUCAUAGUGACGGCACACAAACUGGUGUUUAUCGGGGACACGCUCUCCCGCCUGCUCACCUCUGCAGACCUCCGGGCCAAGAUCACAACCUCAGGGGGGCGACUCUGCCAGGCCUUGAAGUCAGUGGUGGUGGCAACAAAGGGGGCUGCACAAAACUACCCCUCAGUAUCAGCCACGCAGGAGAUGGUGGACCGUGUCGCGGAGCUCUCCCAGCAAGCGGCAGGCUUCUCCACUCUGCUCCAGCGUCUGGCAGAAAUAUCCUGAUGAUAUCUCGUAUCACUCGGCGAAAAAAAACUUUGUAUAAACUACAUAUAUAUUUUCUCUCUCUGAAAUGCCUUAUUUGUUGGUAGACUCUUUCGUUACCUUUUCCUUGGAAUGGGGUUGGAGCAAGUGAAGUUGGACCCUGAAAUAAGUGUUUGGCUGGGUUCUGACUGUGCUGGGUCUGUCCUCCAACUGUGUGCUGGUUUUCCUUUUGUUUAUAUCCUGACCUCUGUGCUUUGAUAUCGGGCACACGUGUCUUUUUUGAGUGUUAACUUAUUGAAUAUUUGAAGUCCCUCUGUGGCUUUGAGUGUCCAUGCGGACUGCUUAUCUUGGGAGCUUUACUUUAUUAUGUUUGCCGUAUCCCCCCCCUCCCCCCCCCCCCCCCCUCACAUGAUAGCCAUUUAUCCUUCCUUCCUCUAUUUAUUUAGCCACAACCCCCCCAUUCCAAAAAUAGCUCAGAAGGAAGCCAAACAUCCUGUUUCUGGUCGUCUUUGUACUGUGACACCUGAAAGGACUGUUGUGAUAUUCAUUCAGAAACUGUUGAGGCAGCAAAGUGUUUUGGGUUUAAUAUGGGACAAGUGGAAUCGGUUGUGGAGAGUAAGGAAGUGAGCGACUUCCAUACAUAAUCUGUGCGAGUGUGUGUGUGUGUGUUGUGUUUAUGUCGUGCCAAUCUCCCCCUUGGCAGGAGAAGAUAAUCUGCAGUACAGUUUGUAAUCCACUCACUGGGGAUUACACGAGUCAUCUCUCAGUACACGGUCAGGUUGAAUCCCUGCAGUUUCUCACAUGUCAUGAAGACAGCCUCCUUCCCUGACAGAGAUAGAUGAUGUAUAAUAUAUCAAAAAUAAUGCAGCGACCAAGUGUGAGCAGUGAUGGUCGGGUGAGAAUUUGUUCCUAAUCCUGUUCUUUCCCACAGUCAUGUGAUAUUCUAGCAGAGGCUCAGAAACCUGUUUUCCGAGGUCACCAGUCCCCACAUGUCCUGUACUAAUCUGCAUGGUUACGUUUGUUUGACUUUGUUUGCUUUAAAUGUUCAUUUCCCAUAAAAUACACGUCAACACUGCAUCUGCUAAGAUAGUUUCAAGUCAGAAACCCGUUUGAAAAGGGAGUACGGUAGAAACUAAGGCUGGUUCUUAAUAUUAUAAACGUAAUUUAUUAGUAAACAAAAGCAUCAGUUUGGUUAUUUUUACAAGAUAUUAAUCAAUAUUUCAAAAAAUAUCCAAAUGAUCAUAGAUCCAGCCUUAGUAGAAACUGUCAAAAGGAAGCACAGCCCACUUUCAAAUUGAAAUGGGGGAGUUUUGUAUUUUACAUCCAUCAAACUGUGUUUUCUGUCUUUUAAGUGUUCAUUCACACCAGUCCUCAGGUGCACAGACAGCUCAGUCUGAAGCUGUCAUGGAACUUAUCGUUGACUGGAAGUGGAACAAACACGAUAUUCGUCACACUACGCGUUAGAUCGUAAAUGAUUUACCUUCUGUAUCAUAAGUAAUAUUACCUAACCAAAUCAGUAUCGUCAGGGCAUUGCAUAAUCAGUUUGGUUCUAGUUGUGUGUCUGUAUAGAUCAUCUUCUGUGGAGUUCAGUUUCUUCCUGCUGUUGCAUUUUCUCUUCCUGCAGCGCCACCCUGUGGAGGUUUGCAGUAUUGAGUAAUUGGACUCCUCCCUGCCACAACACUAAUCUGUUCGUAAGAAGAGAGCACGAUCAGCAAGUAACCUUUAGCUACAUAUUUAUUAUGAUAAUUUUUACGUUUGCUUUUUACAGUUUGCAUGGCUUUAACUUGCUUCAAUUGUUUUAUAUAUAUAUAUAUGCACAUCCUGCACCGGGAGGAUCUACAACCAACACAAAAGUUUGUUUUUUUGGGAAAAAUACAUCCUAAGUUACAGUUUAAUAAAGAUACGGCUGGAUUUUCUUUUGUACAAAAAAAAAAGCUUAUUUUACACUACGUGAACCCAUGAGUCUGUUUUCCAUAUCUUGAGGUAUAGACAAGAAACCCUUUCUUCUACAGUAAAAACAGACCCAAACUACUUCUUUACGUUACACUACAUUUGAUGUUUGUCUUGUAUGUUCAGAAUGCACAAAUACAUCUUUUGCAAUUAAAUGAAAUGCGUUUG